CUUGAUAGUGAAAGUACACGUUGAUUCAACGGUUGUUGACAACUGAUAAACACACAUGGCAAGCUAUUCAGCAUGCAUCAUUAUCUUCAUAGGAUUGUGUCUUGCAGCAAAAAAUGACAAGAGUGGCAGAGAAUUUCUUGAAAAGGAGAAGAAAAAACUUGAAACAGAGAAAAUAACAUGCUCUCUAAAGAAAAUUACAUCAAGGACUUUGGACAAUUAACGUCUUACAGACAAGGCAACAAAAGUCCUUCCAUGUUAUAUUGAUGCAAUGCUAGAAAAUCCAAAAGAUUGGAAAAAAUGGACAAUAUUGGGGGAUUUAUAUGAAAGAGAUUCAAAAACAACACAAGCAUCCUUUUGCUUUAAGUUGGCAUCUAAACUGAAAGGGCCUAUAAACACAUACAUUGAUGACUGGAGUUUCAUUGGCCCUUUUGUAAUAGGAAAAAUAGAGUGGGACGGAGAUCCAUUGGAAGCGUAUGGUGGAAUAAGGAAUGUUUCAAAAUACAGGUACAGAAAAGGUGAAAGAUUUUAUUCUGAGCUUGUCAAAGACACUUUUAUAGAAUGGAAAACUUUCAAGCAAAACUCUCAUGAAAAUGGAAUUCAGAUUUCUCCUACAGUUCAAUGGAAUGAAUUGAUUAACUCUCUUGGAUCAGUAGGAAUAACGGAAUGGCAAGGGUGGAUAUUAGGGGAACUUUAUAUAAAUGAAAGGGACCAGAAUGUACUAAUUCAAUGUUUAGGUAUACAUACUGUUUAUAUUGAUGACAUACCUGUAGCUAGUGAUGUAUAUCACAGAGAAAAGUUCUGGUUCGGUGUUCAUCUAUCCCGGGGUGUCCAUACCGUGUACAUACAUUUAAGAACAAAGGUGACUGCAAACAAGAAGUGCACAUUUCAAGUAGAUUCAAGCCCAGUAAGAGUUUUGGAGCCACAGUUCUUACCCGAUAUAGUAAAUGGGUACUUAUUUAGUAAAUAUAUAUCAAUUCCAAUAUCUAAUUAUCAUCAUUCCAAGUGGGUCAAGGUGUCCAAAAUCAGCAGCGCACAAGUUGAACUGGCUCUGGAGAGUCCUUUCAAUUUAGCACCAGGACAGACUUCUCACAUUCCAGUAAAGUUUAACACAGAAAACAAAAUCAGCUCAAAAGAUUGUGAACAAUUUCAUUUGACAUUAAAAAUCAUUACUUCCGAAGGAGUGUAUUCAUUACCACUACAGCUAAGAUGUAGGAAAUCUGGCCAAUCAUUUCUGUUUACGUUUUUGGACCAUGAUGGCUCUAUACAGCAAGCCGCUGCUGUGGAGCCCAUCAAACAGUGUGAUUCUGAGCUUUGUCCUGUUUUGCUUACACUGCAUGGGACAACCGUCCCUCCCCAAAAUCAGGCAGACAGCUACAAAAGGAUGGAAGAUGGGGAAUACAUCUUUGGGGUUGACGAAGCUUGGCUGCUGGCUCCAACCAGACAUGGAGCACAUAACUGGGAAGGGCCAGGUGCCCUUACUGCCCUCUCUGCACUUUCUUCUUUGGAGGACCUUGUGAAGGGACAGAACUGGGUAUCACAGAAAAUUGACCCAAAUAGAGUUGUCUAUGCUGGUCACUCUAUGGGUGGACACGGAGCCUGGCACCUGGCUACUCAUUACCCUGACCGCAGCCUUGGACUGGUCACCCUGGCAGGCUGGAUAAAGAAGGAAGAGUAUGGAGACAGCAAUCUUUUCUUUAGACAUGACAUCUCAGCAAGUCAUGUGGAUCCUGCCAUAAAGUUUAUACUGGAGGCUUGUAUAGCAGAAAAUGAUGUAGACAGACACAUCACCAACAUCAAAGAUAUCCCCAUUUUGGCAAGAAUUGGUGCAGAUGACAGAACAGUCCAUCCGUUUUUUGUGCGCAGAAUGUAUCGCCUAAUGAAAGAAAUAAAGGCCAACAUAACUUAUGUGGAGGUCAAGGGCAAAGAGCACUGGUGGUGGGAUACAAAUGGCCAGAUAGCUCAGAUGGUAGAGCACCUGACUGGAGAUUCAGGGUACCCGGGUUCAAAUCCAGUCUGGUCUGCCGCAUCUGUCUCCACUCCUGGUACAAAUGGAAGCAUUUCUAAGGACCUCUUUGACUUGGAAACUGUCAAUGUUGCAAGAUUUAGCAUUCAAGAACCACCAAACAGGAAAACAAAUUUUAAACAGAAAGUGUUAAAAGUGGAUGGUAAUAAAAUUGGUUUAAUGAAAGGAAAACAUUCCAGGGUUACCUUAUGUCAAAUCAAAGGAAACUGGAAAGUUUGUGAUGAAAAGAAUCUCCUUGGAAGAAACAGUUCUACUUAUGGACCAGCUAGAAGAGUUGCAGAGCAAAAAUUUGUCAUUGUCAUAGGAACACUAGGAUUACCUGAGAUCUCAGCUAGACUUCAAUCAGCUGCUGUGUAUAUUGCUAAUUUAUUCUUAUUGACCUCUGACACCACUGUCCAGAUCAUCAAGGACAUAGAUGUGGACCCAGGAACUGUAGAGGACUCAAACUUAAUAAUCCUUGGCUCAGAAGAGGAAAACCUGCUAACUAUCAGUUUUCUUGAUGAGAUACCUAUAAAAGUAAAAGAACAAUCCUUUGGUCUUGAGAGCUGUCAAUUCCAAGAGAAGAGAAUGGGGCUCCUGACACUGGCACCUCAUGGGAAGGGCAGGCUAGCUUUGUUAAUAUUGGGGAAUUCUGCAGAGGGUCUGAUGGACGUGGUAUCCCUAGCUACACCCACCAUUCCUCCCAUGACCCGCUCACCAUUUUCCAACUUAUUGCCAGAUUAUGUCAUCACAGGAAAAGAUUUUAAGCUGAAAGGACCAGGGGGAUUUCUCUGUGCUGGUUUUUAUGGGAACAAUUGGGAAUACAGAAGUGAUAUAUCUUCAUGUGUUUGCUGAGUAAUACAAGUACACUGUACAUGUAUCAAAAGAUGUUAUUUUUAGCCUUUAACUAAUAUUUGAAUGGAAUUGAACAUUUUAGCUCACCUGACUCAGAUAAAUUUUCCAGGUCAAAGAUGUCUGUAAUUUCAACAAAUUGUUAAAAACUACCAGUACAUGCCAG